AUGUGUAGGUAUAAUUUAGAUAUUCUUGGCAUUAGCGAAUGCCGUUGGACAGGAUCUGGACGCCAACGAACAUCAGAUGGCUCGGUGAUUUUGUACUCGGGCAACGAUACCACCCACACCAACGGCGUGGCCCUGAUUGUUGCUAAGAAAUAUGUUAACACCUUGUUAGAAUGGGAGCCAAUCAGUGAUCGAUUACUGAGAGCCCGCUUUGAUUCCAAACACUGUAAACUUACUAUCAUCCAGUGUUAUGCACCAAAAAACGAAGCUGAUGACGAGGCAAAAGACGACUGGUAUGAUCAUUUAACCCAAGUAAUAUCUAGGGUUCCCAGACACGACAUGUUGCUUGUUAUUGGGGAUUUGAACGCCAAAGUAGGAACAGACAAUACUAACUACGAGAGAGCUAUGGGCGUGUAUGGCUGUAGCACAAUGAACAACAACAGCGAACUACUUGCAGAUUUUUGUCUCAACAAUGACCUUGUAAUUGGAGGUACUAUAUUCCCCCACAAGAACAUCCACAAACUCACUUGGAGGUCACCAGAUGGAAGAACACUCAACCAGAUUGACCAUAUCAUCAUUAAUGGAAAAUGGCGACGAUCCCUUUUAAAUGUUAGAGUGUAUCGAGGGGCCGAUGCAUCGAGUGACCACAACCUAGUUGUAACAUCAGUGAAACUGAAACUUCGCAAGGUAAAGAAGCAAGUCCAGCAGAGGAAACAACUUGAUGCCGUCAAGCUUAAGUGUCCCAAGAUUCAAAAGCAGUUUGUUCUAGAGGUAAAGAACCGCUUUCAGGCACUUGCCGACAAUGCUGAAGACACCCCAGUUGAAACCAGAUGGAACAAGAUCAAAUCUGUGUACAACGAGGCUGCAGUCGACAUAAUAGGCUACAAGAAGAAGAACAGCAAGCAGUGGUUAUCACCUGAGACAUGGAAGAAGAUAGACGAACGCAAAUAA